UGCUUGUUGCUUUUUGAAUCGCUGAAGUUUUCUAAAAUAUGCUUCAAAUAUUUUGGUACACCCAGAUUUGCAAACGACUUGGGUUCAAUGCUAAGAAAUUAUAUAACCGAGUUAAUGCUAUGCGUGGAAGGUUUAAAAUGCCUUGGGAGGCCGAGAUUCGAGAUAGAACACCACUUUAUCGCAUUUGGACAUUCAGAAAUUAUCCUCGCUGUUCAGCUAUUGUUGAUCCUGGCAACUGUGAAGCACUUCCUCAUAAGCCUGAGAUUUCUAAUCAAACAGGGGAUUCUUUUCCAUAUGCUGAAUCAUCUGCAAUUGUCCAAUUUAAAGAUACUUACUCCACUGAUGAGUUUUUGCACUCAGAGAAAACAGAUGGUAGAUCACUUGUUUCAGAACCACCUACCAUCUGUUCUGGAUGUACCAUGAAUUCCCAGGUAAUUAAACAUGGAACAGAAACUGAGAAUCAAGAUAUUCCAAGCACAGGUGAUGAUCCAAAGCAUGGCAAUUCUGUGAUAGCACCCAGAUUAAAUGGUCGUCAAUCAGAAAAACAUCAUUCAGUUUCAUCUAUUUUGUCUAAGCUGAAAGCAGUACAGAGGUAUCCUUGCCUCACAUCAACUUUGGUUGGCACCAGGAGGGAACAAAGGAUACUGAAAAGAUUGAAGAAAGAGAAGUUCAUCUUAAUGUCUGAGCUUUAUAGGUGGCUUGAGGGGCUUGAGAAGAAUAAGCACACGAGGAUGGAUAGGAAAACUCUAACCCGUACUCUGAAUAGACUCCAACAAGAAGGACUGUGUAAAUGUGUUCAGGUUAGUAUCCCUGGGGUGACAAACUACAGUCGAACUCGGCUAACAGAGGUGAUUUUGCACCCUUCUGUGGAUAAUUUAUCAUCAGAAAUUUUGGCUCAAAUUCAUAAGAGGCACAGAGAUUUUGAUAAGCAUGUUCGUGGACAAGGGUCAGCUAGAUCAGAAAAUGGUAAAUCUCUCGUUUCACUAACUAGUCUGAGGCCUUCAAAUCGUGCAGACAACAAGCCUGUAAUAUUUGAUGCUAUGCGUGCUAAUGGAUUUGUUCCUGCAAAGAUGAUCCGUGCAAAACUUUUGCAUAAAUUUUUGUGGGGCUGUCUGAGUGAUUUACCUGAUUGGGCUAAUGGUUUUAAUUCUAACAAAUAUGGGGAUGAUCUGAUAAAUCCUCAUGACACAUGCCAGUUGUUUGUGCUGGAUGAAGCUGUAAAGACAAUGCCACUUGAACUGUUCUUACAGAUUGUUGGGUCUCCCAAAGAGAUUGAUAACAUGGUAGAGAAAUGCAGACUUGGAUUAAGGCUUUCAGAUCUUCCUGGCCAGGAGUACAGACGCCUGAUGGAUACUCAGGCAACUGGACGUCUCUCAUGUGUAAUUAAUAUUUUACUUCGGUUGAAGUUGAUUCAACUAGUGAGAGAAGAAUCUGAAAAAGAUGCAACUGCCCUUACGCAUGCUAUCCUUGCACAUGCUUUGGAACUUAAACCUUACAUCGAAGAACCUUUGUCAACAACCCUCCGAUCUUCACACGUCAAGGUUGAUCUUCGUCCUAGAAUUCGACAUGAUUUCAUCCUUUCAAAGCAGGAUGCUGUUGAUGCAUAUUGGGAAACCUUGGAGUAUUUCUAUGCUGCAGCCGAUCCAGCAGUUGCUUCACACGCAUUCCCUGGAUCUUCUGUUCGUGAGCUGUUUCAUUUCCGUUCAUGGGCUUCAGUUCGAGUUAUGAGUGCUGAACAACGCAUGGAGCUGCUUAAGUGUGUAAAAGAUGUUGAACCAGGGAAGAAAAUUUCAUUCAAGGAUUGUGCAAAGAUUGCUCGAGAGUUGAACCUGACACUAGAACAGGUGCUUCGUGUCUCCUAUGAUAAAAGACAGUCCCGACUUCAAAGAAAUCCCAGUAGAUCAAGACCCAAAAUGCAGGAAAACCAUAUAGAUGUAGAUAAUUGUGGUUCAUUUGGUCAGAAAAGAAAGAGAUCUUCAAAAUAUGUUUCUCCGAAGCAUACUCAAGGUGCUAAUGAAACUACGGAAUCAAGCAUACAAACAAUUUCUGUUACAUCUAUUGCUGACGAGCAAACCAAGGGAAGAAACACUUCUACUUUAGAUGCUAGUGGAAACCAUGAUUGCCACUUGCCAGCAGGUGGAAAUAAUAUUCAUGUCAAUGCUACAGUAGAAUCUGAGAUGCAUGAGGAAGAUGGUAUAAAAUGUGCUUUCAUCAGCCAGUGUACCUUUCCAAAGAGAAAGCGCAAGCGUAGGAAAAGGUUCUCAUGGACUGACAGUUCGGAUAGGCAACUAGUGAUGCAGUAUGCAAGACAACGUGCAAUCCUUGGAGCAAGAUUUUAUCGUGUUGACUGGCCUUCACUUUCUGAUCUUCCAGCACUUCCAGGCACUUGUGCAAGACGAAUGGCUAUACUAAAUAGUAACUUAAACAUUAGGAGAGCUGUGAUGAGAUUAUGUAAUCUUCUUGCAGAACGGUAUGCGGGGUAUCUCGAUACAGUACGGAGAAUGCAGGAAAAGGAAUCUCUUACUCAAAAUAUAUCUGCUACUCAUGAAAAUAAGUUUGAGACAAAUUUCCAGCAACACUCUUGGGAUGAUUUUGAAGAUCCCGACAUAAAGAUUGCUGUUGAUGAGGUCCUUAGGUACAAAAGGAUAGCAAAGAUGGAGUAUGCAAAGAGGAUUGGCUCUAGGCAUGGAAAGGAGUGGCCAGAUAUUCCUCAGAUUGAUGGGACAAGUUCAAAUGUCCAAGAACAUGCAGCAGUUCCUGGGGAUGGAACUCAGGACUAUGUUGAUGGAUGUAAAAGUGUCAAUAUCAUUUCAACAACUAAACGAAGCGGGGCAAGUUCUCAUCGUUUUCGAGGAAAGUUUUUCAAGAUUUUGAAAAGCAGAGGUGGCAUCAUCAGAAGGAAAGUGCGUGAAUCAUUAACAAUUGCCAAUGCCGUUGAGCUCCUGAAGCUGGUCUUUCUAAGCACCUCUGCAGCGCCAGAAGUGCAAAACUCAUUAGCAGUAACACUCCAUCUGUAUUCUGAGCGUGAUAUAUUUGCAGCAUUUAACUAUCUCAAAGAAAGGAACUUCAUGGUUGCCGGGCAUGGAAUUCGACCAUUUGUCUUAUCCCGGAAGUUCUGGCAUGAUGCUUCUUCUUCUCCCCUUCCAAUUGACUCGGGAAAAAGGGCUGCUGAUUUUUCAAGUUGGCUUACUAAGCAAGAAAAAAAUCUAAGGGAGGAUGGGGUUAGUCUUACUGAAGAUUUACAAUGUGGGGAAAUUUUUCACCUGUUCGCUCUUGUUUCUUCAGGAGAACUCUUUGUUUCACCAGUCUUGCCAAAGGAAGGAGUUGGCGAGACUGAUGAGCCAAACAAUUCAAAAUCUUUAUUUCCUAUGGAGCAUAUAGAGGAGUUUGAUGUUCCAAAGGUUUUAAAACGUAAAAGUGAUAAAGCAAAAUUAAGCACUAGGGAGAAGUUUAAGAAACAGAAAACUCAAGCGAGAAUAGAUAGUAAUCUGUGUUCUCGUCGAGAGAAAGGGUUUCCAGGCAUCAGAGUCAUUCUAAAGCGUGCAGCAUUUUCAAGAGGUGAUGCAAUUCAGUGCUUCACAGAUAAGCAUGACCUUGCUUGUUCUUUAUCAUAUGAUGAAAACAAUCAAGCAAGCUCCCAUACUGUAGAAACAAGUGGUAUUCUAUCUUUAUCAGAAAAUUCAAUCUCGUGUCAGAAUUAUGGUGAUAUCAUCGAAUCAGCUGUGCCCCAUAAUGAAUUGCCUUGGGAUGCUAUGGCUAUGUAUGCUGUGCAGGUGUCAUCAGUUUUUGUUGGUGGGGAUGCAGCAAUUACCUUUUCUCACGACCUCCUUAAGUCUGUGUACUCUGCUAUUUGCCAAUCUGGUGAACAAGGAUUGGAGAUGGAAGAAAUUUCUGAAGUCACUAGAGUACAAGGGGUACAAUUGGCUGAAGUACUUGUGGACACUCUCGAAGUAUUUCGGUUAGUUAUUAAGGUCAAUGCAUAUGACAGCAUCCGGAUAGUUGAUUCUUCAUAUAGAUCAAAGUAUUUUAUAAGCACACUUGCAGAUCUCAAUCAAGUCUGUGAUUUGUCAUCUUACAUGAAGUCUCAAAUAGCUUGUUAUGAAGCAUGUCGACAACUAUCGCAAGAAAAGCAAAAUAGUAUUGAUCAUUCUCAGGAGACUAGCAUGAACCUCUGUGAUGGGCAUAAAGUAACCAUUCUUGAUGUGCCUAGCAAGCCUGCUGUACAUCACAUUGAAGACCAAAACAUUGAAGGUAGUAGCACAGUUGGUGAAAGCAUUCAGGGUGAAGCUGUUCGUGUGCAAGGGAAAGAUGCUGUGGACAGCAAAUGGCCUGCCACCUGUGUUUCACAUGCAUCUAGACCUAUAUUACCAUGGAUUAAUGGAGAUGGCAGUACAAACUCCAUUGUAUACAAGGGUCUUACACGUCGAGUUCUUGGCACUGUCAUGCAAAAUCCUGGUAUCAAGGAGGAAGAUAUUAUCAAUCGAAUGGAUGUUUUAAAUCCUCAGAGUUGCAGACGUCUCUUGGAAAUGAUGGUUUUAGAUAACCACCUUAUGGUGAGGAUGAUGCAUCAAACUACUUCAUCUGGUCCUCCGGCGAUAUUGCAUGACCUUUUCCGUUCUAACUUUUGUAAAUCAGAAUCAGUGUUUCAAAAGCAUUUUUUCGCUAACCCAAUGAGUACAUACCUACUUUAAUUAGCUAAUUGUGAUUAAUGUUUUCUCUUAAGGUUUUGUAUAUUUGUUCUGCUUUUUAGUUGGUUCAAGGCAAUAUAGAUAUUAAAAGAUUAUGUGCAUUAUGUUCCAGAAGUUUCCAGAUUGCUGCUGCGUUUACCACUACGAAUAAUGUACGUAUAAUUCAUGCAAGAAUAACCUGUCCAUUU